AUGUUAUCUAUCAAGCAGACCAGACUCAUUGAGCGUUCCCCGAACUAUGAUGUUAGCAACCCACGUCCUGCGAACCUCCCAUAUGUCUACCUUGUGACUGCUUUCGUGUCCUUGGGGGCCCUCCUCUUUGGUUAUGACCAAGGCGUAAUGGGAAUCAUAGUUGCCGAUGAUCGCUGGAUUCAUCUUAUGGAGCCAGCCAAUUCUUGGGUCACGGGUGCCGUCGUGUCGCUAUACGACGUGGGAUGCUUCCUGGGUGCGAUGAGCAUCGGAUACCUGGCGGAUCAUUGUGGUCGAGAACGGACCUUGUCUAUUGCCAGCGCAGUUUUUAUUGUUGGAGCUGUCAUUCAGGCUGGGUCUUACGAUAUUCCGACUAUUACUGUUGGGCGCAUCAUUCUUGGAUACGGAGUAGGCGCUUGUGCCGCUGGGGUGCCGCUAUAUGUUUCAGAGAUUGCUCCAGCAGGCUUGCGGGGCCGAAUCAUUGGUAUUGAACAGAUGAUCCUGUGCUUGGGGGAGCUGAUCGCCUUCUGGCUCGAUUAUGGCUUUGCAUAUCUGGACACGCCUGAUUGGUGGCGCAUACCUUUGGCCAUCCAGAUCAUUCCCGCCGUUGCCCUUGCUGUUGGAUGCUGGUUCUGGGUUCCUCCGAGCCCACGUUGGCUUGUGCAACAAGACCGACAUACUUGCGCGCUCGAGGUGCUCGCGAGGCUACACGGGGACCAGGCUGCAGAAAUUGAAAUGCAAGAGAUUGCCGAAAGGGUAGCCUUCGAGAAGACGGUUGCGGUCACUACCUGGAAGGAUAUGUUCGCAUGGCCGGUCCUGCGUGUCACGCUCAUUGGAAGCGGGGUGCAAUUCUUCCAGCAGAUAACGGGCACCAAUUCCAUUCUAUACUACACCCCUAGCUUGUACGAGCGUGGUGGGAUCACCUCCGCUCAUACACGCAACUUGGCGACAGGGGGUGUCGGGAUUGUCUUAUUCGUCUUCGCCUGGAUCCCCAUUUUUGUCUUCGACAGACUCGGACGGAAGACCUGGCUACAAAUCGGUGUGAUUGGGAUGAUGGGUGCCAUGAUCGGGAUUACAGUCCUCCAGUGGCACGCGGAGAAAUACCCUCACGCGAGUGGUAACUAUGCGAUUGUCGUAUUCCCAUAUUUGUUUUAUGUCUUCUUCAACAUCAGCUGGGGUGUCGGCAGUUGGACAUAUGCCAGCGAGAUAUGGCCUGUUGCACUUCGGGCAAAGGGUAACGCAUUGAGCACCAUGAGUUUGUGGGCGGGAUGUUAUAUUGUGGCACAAGCCAGUCCUCCGAUCGGAGAAGCGAUCGGCUGGGGAUUGUAUAUCAUCUACUCCGGGAUCUGUGUGCUGGCAUUCCUGUUUGUCCGGUACGUCAUGGUCGAAACCCGAGGACGUACAUUGGAGGAAAUGAGCCGACUUUUUGGGAUUGAAGACAAGUUCACAGCUGGGAGGGGCAUCGAGCCAGCGACAGUAUCUGAAUCCAAGAAUGGGGGUAUUGUGCAUGAGCAGGUGGAGGAAGUGGGCAAGUAA